AUGAACGAAGACAAUUACUGGGGCUGUUUCUACGUCUAUCCCGAUCUCUAUGCAGAUAUAUUCUCUCCAGUAGUAAAGAUACGUGACAUACAAGAUGUACCGGAGCUGGUUGGGGGCGAACUUACCAGGGACAUGGUCACCGCUUGCCUGACGUACCUCCAACGCACUCCUAUAUUGGGAGACCUUGUUUUCAUCAAAUUGGAUCUCUCAUCAAAGCAUUUAAUGAAGAUUGAUGUUCUGCAGCACUAUAAAUACUUAGUGUAUUUGAACCUGUCAUCAAACUUGCUAACGGAACUGACAGUAUUGUCCCAUCUUCCAUACCUGCAGUUUUUGUCAGUAGAUUUUAAUAGGCUCUCAACGGUUUUGGACUACAAAACACCUCAAUGGUUCCUUACCGAAGUGCACUACAAAUACAAUUCGGUUAAACGAAUUAGAGAUUUGUCAGCAUUCUGGUCGAUAACUGUGCUGGAUCUUUCGCAUAAUAAUAUCAAGGCAAUAACGGGACUGCAGAAUUUAGUACUCCGAGAGCUUCAUCUGCGCAACAACCGGUUUAGCAUUUUGCUCGAACUUGCAGUGUACAUGAGUCAGAUGCGAAGACUGCUCAUACUCGAUCUUCGAGCAAACCCUAUUUGCUCGAUACCUGGCUAUAAAAGUGUUGUAAUCAACACAUUUUCCAUGCUUCUCAGCUUAGACGCUGCGGAGCUCGAUCCCGUCGAGCAGCGCACGCUGAGGAUGGAUGUCAACCCAGACGUAACUAUGCACGCCACUCGAAAGUUACUGCGGCUGAUCUACAUCCAACAACUUUCGAAGGCUCGGAUCUCACCUUACAUUCCCCCCGCGGAUUCUGUGGAUGUGCCCCUCGUCAUACUAGUAGGACACGAGGGGGUCGGCAAAGAUUACGAUAAUGUCUCUUUCGGAUAG